AUGUUAGAUGAUAGUUUAGAACCAUUUGCAACAAUUAAUAUAACAAUUCAAAAUCUAACCUAUUGUCAUUCUAAUCAACAAUGGAUUCAAUUAGAAAUAAAAUAUAUUUUAUAUAACGAUAUGUACGAUUUUAUUGAACAGCUUGAUCCACAAACAACUGCAUACAUCAGUUAUGCACAAGAUAUUGAUAUAUUGCACAGUUAUUGUCAAUAUCACAAUAUACCAUUAAUAAGCACAAGCGAAUAUCUGACAUCAAAACAAGAUAUGUGUUCAACUAAACAUAAUAAGAAAAUAACUCUUAUAUUUCAAUUGAGAUAUGGAAAAUUAAAUAUUUUCUAA